AUUCGAUUCCAGUGUCUACGUUGAUGAAACCGGGUGCGACGCGACGUAGUAUCGUAUCGCGUGGUGCUUUUGCAACGUGGAUUUUCUACGUUGAAAAAGCUGGAUUAGCGGACAUCGAGGAAGAGGAGAAGAAUGGAAAGUAACAUGAUGCAUACGUGCGAGUGGUGCGGUCGACCAUUCUCUUGGCCCUCCAGCUUGAGACUGCAUCAAAGAAUGGCUUGCGGGAAGCCACCAAACUUCUGCUGCACUAUCUGCGAUUACAAGUCCAACUUCAAGGGAAAUUUGAAGAGGCAUUUACUUUGUAAACAUCGGAUACACAUGCAUUAG